UUGAAGAUGUCGAAGGUCAUAGUUUGCGCUCGAUUCAGGCCUUUGAGUUCUGGCGAGAUCAGAGAUCACGGCAAUGGCGUUAGUAUUCAUCGUAUUGAUGAUGAAUCCUUCAAUUUCAAGGAUGAGAAAGACGGAGAUUUAAAAUUCGGUUUCGACAAAGUGUUCUAUGAAGAUUCUGCUCAAGCUAGUGUUUAUGAAGUUUUAGCUAUGCCGAUUGUUCAAGAUACUGUUAAUGGACUUAACGGUACCAUCCUCUCUUAUGGCCAGACUGGAGCUGGCAAGACGUAUAGCAUGGAGGGACCUGGAAUCAUCAAGUGUGAUGCUGAAAGGAAAGGUCUGAUCCCAAGAGUUAUAGAAGGACUCUUUGAGAUGAUCCAUUCUUCACAAGGAGCAACUGCACAUUCAGUUAAAUUGUCAAUGGUUGAGAUUUACAUGGAAAAAGUGAGGGACCUGUUUGAUUUGUCAAAGGAUAACAUACAAAUUAAGGAGAGCAAAUCUCAAGGAAUUCUUCUGUCUGGAGCCACAGAGAUUCCUGUGCUGGAAGCUUCUGAAGCAAUGCAAAUUCUAUCUAAUGGAAUUAUGAAUAGAGCAGUUGGGGAGACCCAGAUGAAUGUUGCUAGUAGCAGAAGUCAUUGUGUCUAUAUUUUCACAGUUCAGCAAGAGAUUUCUGCUGAUAAGAGGACUAAAACGGGGAAACUUAUUCUCGUGGACUUGGCUGGCUCUGAAAAAGUGGGAAAAACUGGAGCAGAAGGUAGACUUCUGGAAGAGGCAAAGACAAUUAACAAGUCCCUUUCUGCCCUUGGAAAUGUUGUAAAUGCCUUAACAUGUAGCCCACUGAGCAAGUUAACCCACAUUCCUUAUCGUGAUUCUAAGCUUACUCGAAUACUACAAGAUGCACUGGGUGGCAGUUGCCGAAUGGCUUUGCUGUGCUGUUGUUCUCCAAGUCUUUCAAAUGCAUCGGAGACUCUGUCCACCCUUCGUUUUGGUGCAAGGGCUCAACAUAUAAAAGCGGCACCUUGUGUUAUCCCAUGCGAAGAUAAACUUAGCAAGACACAAGAAUAUACUGUUCUAAACAAAGAUGUGGCAUGCGAGAGAAUUUUGGAUAAGCUGAAAGACAGAAUGGGCACUGAGGAAUUGGAGAUGCUAAGAGAGCUGCUAAUCUUAGAGGGAAUUAUGUACCACCCGAGUUCAAUGGAAGACUUGAUAUUGGAAUGUGAAACUGUCGAGUCAACUCUCAUGUCAUCCUUGGGGAUAACAGUAGAGCUUGUUUCCACAGUGGAGGAGCUACUGAAGCAGAACAAAAUUCUGAAGGACAAGUUAGCAGCUGCAGAAAAUAGAAGCUUUUUGGAUAGACUAUCAUAUGCCCUCGGCUUCUGCACUCUUUGGUGAUAUGCCCAUAUUUUGUCACUUAGACA